AAGAGGAGGGAGAACAUGAUAGAAUACAAGUAGAAACGUUUGAUAGUGGGGAGAAAAAGCGCCCUCUUUUAGCAAGCAUCGAAGCGUUAGCACGUCGCCCUUGCUAUCGCACAGAAUCACGGAUAAAUCAAACAUGGCGAUUCAGUCGAUGUUUACGGUCAAAUCGUACGAAACGUAGUUGUGAUAACAGGAAGACUGCUGUGCAUAAGAUAGUGCUUUUAACGGUGAUGAGUACUUGUGCCACCGUAAAUCGACCGAUUUUGGUUAAUAUAACGAAUAUGGAGGACCAGAAUUUGGAAAAAGCGACGGACGCUAUACAAGAGAUCGGAGUACACGACGCGAAGGGCGUUAAAGAGGUUUCGACGCCUGCGACGUCAUCACUUCUGUCUUCAAGGCAAGUGUCGCGAUCUAUCGGCGAAAAUGCUGAUAGUAAGCCCCGUUACAACGUUAAAAACUGGCCUAAAUCUUUGCUUCGAAAAUCUGGUAAAUUUGAAAGUGGCAGUGGUAGCGGAGAGCAAGAUGUUGGAAUGCAAGAGGAUGGCUUAGAUGUAGUUACGAAGAAAAAGAAGACUCGUAGAGGGAAAUCUAAGCAUAAAAAAUUAAAACCAUAUUUAAAACAGCUAGCAUGUUUUCAACGAAAACCAUGUUGUAGAUCCAUGGGAAAAGUUUUAAAAAUUAGUAGACAGAUCCGAGCACCUUAUAAUACAACGCAAUUUCUUAUGAACGAUCAUAGCGAUUUGCCUGAUAUUGAUCAAAAAUUAUCCAUAGCCACAUCUACAGAUUUUGGAGUUACUACUUUUCAGAAACCUCCACCACCUCGUACUAGAGAUUCCAGCUUUAGCGUUGAUUCUGACGAAGAUUACUUUUUUUCUUCUCCAGAGGAUGAAGAAGAAUUUUUAUCUAAAAAUUUCUCUAGCGCAUACGAAGACCUUCAUGCGGAAAGACUGAGCACUUUGAGUAAAUCAGAAUUACUAGAAGAGUAUUUACAAUUAGAGGCCAAAGUAGACUUACUUACGAAAAGAUUACGUGGGAAAAAUAUCAAUCAGACGGAAGAAAAAGAUAAUAUAGACGAUAAGAAUAAUGGAGCGAAUAUUAUAGAAUUGGAUAUAGCAAAAAAAUUAAACAUUUUUCAGCAACGAAUAGAUGACUUAGUAAAACAAAAUGAAGAACUAAAAAAAGAUAAUGAAGCAUUAAGAGCACAAAGGAAUGAUAGCUCUGCAUCUAGCAUAGACAGUGAAAGCGAUAGUGAUAGUACAAGUAUUGGAAAUCGUAGUAUAUGCAGUUCUUUCAAGAAUCCAGAUUCUUCUCCAGAACGUGUACCGUGCAGUUGUAGAAAUAUCAGUGAUAAAAAUAGUAGCUCCGGGUGUAUUUUUGACAGUAAGAGUGACUGUUCUGAUAUUAUUCGUUGUAAAACUCCAUUGUCUCCAAUUGUUCUUACAAAAAGACAUGUAAUUAUUAAUGAAAUGGAUGGCCUACCGAUAUAAAUUUUGUUUGUUGCUGAGACAGUCUACAUAAUAAUAAUUCUGUGCAUCUAUAUUGACUGACAAGUUAUCUUUCUUCUAAUGCUGAUCAUUAUAAAUUUUAGACUUUUAUCUAACUCACAUUUUGAAUCUAUAAAUUACCUUCCUUUUAUUCUUUAAGACUGCCUCAUGUAUACAAUAUAUAUGUGUAUAAUAAUAUGUAAAAUACAUAAGUAAUUAUCAUUAUAAAAACAGUUCAGUUUUGCUAUCUGUUUGCAUCGG